GAGAGAGAGAGAGAGAGAGAGAGAGAGAGAGAGGGAGAGAGAGAGGGGGGAGGAGGGGGGGAUGCAGAGGCGCAGGACGAGAACGAGAAGGCUGUCCAUCCUGCGGUGGCUGCUAAGUUGCGCCAUCAGCGUGCUUGCGUUGGGCGUGCUGCUCGCCGUACACGUGUCUCCUUUCCCCAGUGUUCCUUCCUUCUCGGACGUGCGCAAGCUUCCUAAGCAACGGGAGAUCGGAUACCGAGGAUGGAGCACCGAGCUGAGCUGGACGCAAGAGUCUGCCCCGCCCCAACUCUCCAGAUUGCUCGCUUCUCAGAAGUUGGACAGCAUGAGUGAUGGUAUGUCGGGAUUCGAGAAGCUGUGGAAGCCUCCAUCGAACCGUGGUUUUGUGCCAUGCGUGAUGCCUAGCUCAUCUCACUCAGCUCCCGAGGAAUCAAGAGGUUACUUGCUAGUCAGCACCAAUGGUGGGUUGAACCAGAUGCGGGCAGGGAUAUGCGACAUGGUAGCAGUUGCGCAUCUAAUAAAUGCAACACUUGUUAUUCCAAAACUUGAUAGGAAAUCAUUUUGGCAGGAUUCUAGCAAUUUCUCAGAUGUUUUCGAUGAAGAAUAUUUUAUACAAUCUUUGGCAAAUGAUGUUAAAAUUAUCAAGAAAUUACCAAAGGAAUUGGCAAUGGCUACCAAAGCAGUAAAAUAUUUUACAAGCUGGUCUGGAGUAGGAUACUACCAAGAUGAGAUUUCUCGAUUGUGGGAUGAUUAUCAGGUUAUACGAGCAGCUAAAUCAGAUUCUCGUCUUGCCAACAACAACUUGCCCCCUGACAUUCAAAAACUCCGCUGUCGUGCUUUCUAUGAGGCUCUUCGAUUUGCUCCCCGAAUCGAGGCUCUAGGAAAAUUAUUGGUGGAGCGAAUGAGAUCAUUUGGUCCAUAUAUUGCUUUACACUUACGUUAUGAGAAGGACAUGCUUGCCUUUAGUGGGUGCACAUAUGGUUUGUCUCCUGGUGAAGCUGAUGAGCUGACAAGAAUCAGAGAGAGCAUGGCACAUUGGAAAGUCAAGGAUAUCGAUCCCCAAGAACAGAGGGCCAGGGGGUAUUGUCCCCUGACUCCAAAGGAAGUUGGGAUUUUUCUUUCUGCCCUAGGAUAUCCAUCAAAUACUCCAAUAUAUAUUGCAUCAGGGGAAAUAUAUGGAGGUGAUUCUCAUAUGGCUGAUCUUGAGUCUCGCUUUCCCAUGUUACUGAGCAAGGAAAAGUUAGUGUCAGUGAAUGAGCUCGAACCAUUUAGUCAUUAUGCAUCGCAGAUGGCAGCUUUAGACUAUAUUGUGUCAGUGGAAAGUGAUGUUUUCAUUCCAUCCUAUUCGGGAAACAUGGCAAGGGCAGUUGAGGGACACCGCCGUUACUUGGGUCACAGAAAAACCAUCAUUCCUGAUAGAAAAGCACUUGUUCGUUUGUUUGAUAAAAUUGAUCAGGGUUCACUUAAAGAAGGGAAGAGGCUGUCAGACAUGAUUGUACAACUCCAUAAAAAAUGGCAAGGUUCCCCUCGUAAACGAAAGGGUCCCAUCUCUGGAACAAGAGGCAAAGAGAGGUUCCGAUCGGAAGAAGCCUUCUAUGAGAACCCACUGCCUGAUUGUCUGUGCCAGUGGGAAUCUCGUAACAGUUCUCAUGCUAAUGUGUAGAUGUUGCAUGAAUGAUGCUCUUGUUUGGUGAAGAGAUUCAGAUCUUAUCCUGCUGCUGAUUUAGCCUAACCAAACACAUUUGGAGUUGGUUUUGAAAGUACAGACUAGAGCCGCAUAUGUAUAUUUUAGGUUCCAUACCACCCAACUGAAAUCAAGGCAUAGAUGAUACUGGUUGAGUGUGUUGGAGGCAGAGAGCAGUGCUGCAAAAGCUUUCGAUGAUGUUGUAUGUGCAUUCCAUGGCCGAAUUGAGUGGCAUGUGGCCAACUUAGGCUAGAUUUGGGCUGAGUUUAGGGAAGUGCUAAUUGUUUCUGGUUGUAGAGUAUGUCCUUAUAGUAAAUAUCAAGAAAGAAAGGUGGGAUUACUGAGAGGUUUAGUGGGGCAAUAAUGUGGACCAGCACCGACUGGAAAGCUAUCAGCAACAUCACAUUUUAUGUAUUAAUUAUCGACAUUGCAAUAAAUUGAAUAAAAGAAAAAAUAUAUGUUGUGCAGAGUCAA